AUGGCGAGUCGUAUACCUCAUUAUUGCGUUGUGGGUGGUGGCAUUUCUGGUCUAGCAACCGCAUAUUUUAUUUCUUUGCUCAAACCACCGGGGUCUUAUCGAUUGACUGUCUUGGAAUCAAGUUCUCGGUGUGGUGGCUGGAUUCAUUCGGUCAAGAAUCAGUAUACUGGUGCUACCUAUGAUCUGGGUCCCCAUAGCGCUCGAGCAUUUUCACCAAACUCAGCAUUAUUGCUUCGUAUGGCAUUGAGUUUGGAUCUGCGUGACUCACUAAAGUGGGUGGUUCGUGAUCAUGACUCUUCACAAGGUCAGUUGUUUGUCGGAGGAAAGUUGGUUCCUAUUUCACCACUUGGAUUCCGUGCGGUAGAACCAUUUACGCGUUCUCCGCUGGGUUUGAUAACCCGGCGUAUUUUUUCUAAACCUCCUCCGACAAAAUCAGACUGGUCUGUUGAUGAGUUCCUGCGUACCAGAUUGGACGAUGAGUUUGCCGAUUAUUUGGGGAGUGCCAUGAUGCGUGGCAUCUACGCCGGUGACUCCAGAGAACUCAGUGCUCGUGCCUGUAUACCUCAGUUGGUGGAAUCAGAACAGUUGGGCCCAAACAUGAUACUCGGUUUGUUUCGACGAGCCAGACAGCAAAUGAAAAAACCCAAAGUCAGUUUGCCUGGUGCAUUGGAAGAGCAAUUACCUUCAUGCACGUCCGUAUUGCCUCCUCAUGCUGUGGCUUGGUCCCUAUCCUCUGGUAUGCAGACACUGACCAAUGCAUUGUACUAUCGCCUACGUGAUCAUGGGGCACAUUCUACCGUGCAUGUGAAUUCCCCGGUCUCAAAAAUUCACCCGGCCAGUGAAGACCGUCUGCAUGUGGAUUGGAUAUCAGAGAAUACUAGCGCAGCCCGAAUCCAGGAUGUAACUGCAGUGUUUCUUUGCUGUCCGUCUUUCCAGGCUGCCAACAUUCUCGGGGACAUGCUGAAACCGGAUGUUGUUGCACGUCUGGAGAAAUCUCAUUUGCCUUGGGCCAAUGUGGCUGUUGCAGCGCUGGAGCUUGAAAGUCCUGCACUCCCCCCGGUUCGUGCGUUUGGUCAUUUGGUCCCCAGACCAGUGGAUGAACAUGUGCUUGGCGUAAUCUACGAUUCGGUCGCUUUUCCUCAACUGGAUAGUCCGCAUGGUUUUGUUCGUUACACAGUCAUGAUGAAACCUUACACGAGGUGGUUGGAUAUGAACGCUACCGAGCCGCAGCUUGUUUCCAAAGAACUCGAGGCGAAAGCAGUUGAUGUCUUGCGAGAGCAUUUGGGUCUGACAGAUCCGCGUGUCGUCGACCGCCAUGUGGGCAUCUAUCGAGACUGUAUACCACAAUAUCCGCUCGGUCAUUUGGAUAACAUUAAGACACUACGUGAGGAACUCAAAGUACAUGGUGCAAAUCGUAUGGUAUUUUUUUCCGACGAUUUCGUCGCUCAAAUUAAUCAUGAUGACGCCCAACUGCUUCUCUCCAGUUGA